AUGGCUGAGGAUGAGAAACGUGAUCACACUCUCCCCUAUCCCUUGGGCUAUGAAGAGAAAAAUUUAAUCGAAUCCAUUGAUGAUAUCAACUCCUUCAAGAUCCCCUCUAUAUUUAUACAGAAUGGGCUUCUGUUAUUGAAGAUAUCUCACAAGUCUCGCAAACGUGUCAAGCUUAAGGUUGAGCCUUCAAAUUUCAAAUUCGUUUAUGAGUUGCCUAAAGGAAAGUCUUAUGAGUUCUUGGUUGAUGAUAUAAAAGGUCUUUUUUUUGGAAAUUUGGCACUGAAUUUUAGAGAAGAAUUCGGCAUCUCUAAAGAGUUCGAGAAGCAGUGGCUUUCAGUCACCUUCUUCAAUCAAUCCAAAAAGAAGCUUAAAACGCUACAUUUAAUCGCAGAUACCAUCUAUGAUUUCCGCAGAGUCAAGGCGAUUUUUGUUGGCUUCAAAACUUUGAAAGAUGACAUAGCUCAAAAUUUUCUAGUAAAUUUGAAUGAGCUUAAUGAUUCAACAAAAACAAUGGUGAUUGAAAAAGCUGAUUGCACUGAAAACAUUAAACGUAGCAGUCUUUCAUUACAUGAUGUCGUCAAGUUCACACGAAGAAUGAAUAUCAAUUUGAGCGAGAGCAUAAUAAGUCGAAUUUUCCAGGAAUCGAAGAAAGUCGCUACUGACUCAACGAAAAUCUUAACUUUUGAUGAAUUCAAAAACUUUGUCUCCAAACUCAAUGACAGACCCGACGUCACAGAGAUUUGGCAGGAAGCUAACGCAAAUCGACCUACAAUGAGUUUUGAAAAUUUCAAAUCCUUCAUGGUGCAACUACAGCAAGAAUCUCACAGUGAAGCCUCGCUUCGAAAGCAUUUCAGUAAGUUUGAUUAUAACUCCAAAGGCUUUUGGUCUGAGCAAGACCUCAACUCUUUUUUGCUUUCAAAGUUCUCUUUUCCCGUUCGCGAGUUUAAGGAGGAGGAGGGGCCUUAUUGUAGGCCCUUGAACGAGUACUUUAUACUCUCUUCCCACAACACCUAUCUACUAGGUCGUCAAAUUAUUGGGGAGUCAUCCAUUGAAGGUUACAUAAAAGCGUUACAAAGGGGUUGUCGCUGUCUAGAGAUUGACAUUUGGAAUAGCGGUAUCGAUAAUGACGAGCCAAUUGUCAACCAUGGAAGAACGUUUACGCAAGGGAUCUUGUUAAAAAACGUCGCCAAGACUAUCAAAGAUUAUGCCUUUCAAGUUACCCCCUACCCACUAAUACUUAGCAUUGAGAAUCACUGCACGCCUGAUUUUCAAAGAAAAGCUAUCACGAUUUUUAGAGAGACCUUUGGGAAAACCUUGCUUACUGAGCCGUUGAAUGAACUGAUGACCCUCCCUAGCCCAGAGGAUUUGAAAAAUAGAAUCCUUUUGAAAGUCAAAAGAACCGUUGCUGGCAGUGACAGAGGUUGUGAUUCUUCUUUUAGUACUGGUACGUCAACAACAACGACAACAACACUGUUCAGUGACGGGAAUGAUACUGCCAAUACAAACUUGAAGCUAAAACUUCGAAAGAAGAGUUCGACGAGAUCAGUUAUAAAGACUCUAAGUGAUAUGGCACUUUACGUCCAAGGGGUGAAAUUUAGAAACUUCUCUCUCCCUGAGUCAAAAACUUUCAACCACUGUUUUUCAUUGAGCGAAAAAUCAAUUGAUAGAAUGAUAAAGGACGACAACAAAAAAGUUGCCGUUCUUAAACACAACCGAGGAUAUCUCAUGCGCAUUUAUCCUUCCAAGUUUCGGCUCAAAUCUACGAAUUUUAAUCCAAUAAUGUACUGGAGUCAUGGAGUCCAGAUGGUGGCAACAAAUUGGCAGACUCAUGACUUGGGCCAGCAACUAAACGAAGCUAUGUUCAAUACUCCGUUUGGCGACGGGUACGUCUUGAAACCUUCUUCGUUGAGAGUAGCACCCUCAAGGGUAAAAAGUGGCAUACACAAGUGGUGA